AUGUUGGCCUCAGAUGGAGAUUUUCUGAUGAAGCUUUCACUUGGAGAGCCACCUGUCGAGAUUAGAGGUGUUAUUGAUGCAUCUAGUGCUUUUUCUUGGACACAGUGUGGCCCAUCUGAUCAUUCCUUUAGCCAAAUACUGCCUCUCUUUAUUCCAAAAUCGUCUUCGACUUACAAGUCGGUUCCAGGUUCUUCAAACCUCUGCAAAUCUCUCGGAGGCAGGCCUUCUAUUUUAGAAGACAACACGUGUCGAUAUUCCGUGAAUUAUUUACACGGCUCUUACUCUCAUGGAACUAUCUCAACCGACACACUCAGGACAAACUCCGGAUCCAGCUCACCUGUCCUUCUUCGUAAUUUCAUUUUCGGAUGCGGUUAUGAAAAUGUAGGCGAGUUUAAACCGGAAGCUACUGGCGUGAUAAGCUUGGGAAGCGGGCCUGCUUCCUUUAUCACCCAAAUGAAUUCUGUUAUUGGCGGCAAAUUUUCCUACUGUUUACUUUAUCAAGGCCAAAGAGUCUUAAAGUCGAGCAAAAUGCAUUUCGGUUCGAAAGCAUUAGUUUCCGGUGCCGAUGUUGUGUCCACAGGCCUCCAAAUUUUCCGAAAUUCUUAUGCAUUGAAAUUUAAAGGUAUAAGCAUUGGUAAAAACAAACUGGCUUAUUCGAAGGGCCUUUUCAGCGAAAGAAUCAUCAUCGACCCAGGAACUGUGCUGACUCAUCUCCCGAGGAAAAUUUACGACCCAUUAGAAGCUGCCAUGAAGAAGGAAAUCAAGUUCGAGCUCGUUCAACCGAAGGAUACGCUGAGGCUGUGCUAUAAAACGGUCGAUGGCAAAAUGAGAGCGCCAAUUGUUACGGUGCAUUUUGUGGGUGCUACCGUUAGGUUGUACCCCGUGAACACGUUUAUUAAGGUCUCGCAGUAUGUGCAUUGUCUCGGUUUUGUGCCGCACAAGGGGGUUGCCAUUUUUGGAAACUGGGCGCAGGUUAAUUUCUUGGUAGGGUAUGAUUUGAGGAGGAAGAUGGUGUCUUUUAAACAGACUGAUUGUAGCAAGGAGUGA